AUGGAGAACGUUCAGCAGCGGAAGCCUGACAUUUUCAAUGGCACCACAACUAAGAAAAGGGAAGACUACCUGGAAUGGCCUGAGUACUUUAUGGCUGUUGCAUUUUUGUCAGCUCAGAGAAGCAAGGACCCGAGCUCACAGGUGGGGGCCUGUAUAGUGAAUCCGGAGAAUAAGAUAGUUGGUAUUGGCUACAACGGAAUGCCUAAUGGCUGUGACGAUGACCAGUUACCUUGGGCUCGGUCGGCGGAUGACCAGCUGAACACCAAGUAUCCAUACGUGUGCCAUGCAGAGUUAAAUGCCAUCAUGAACAAGAACAGUGCUGAUGUGAAGGGCUGCACCAUGUACGUAGCACUCUUCCCCUGCAACGAGUGUGCUAAGCUGAUCAUCCAAGCAGGAAUUAAAGAGGUGGUCUACCUUUCUGACAAAUACCAUGACAAACGAGAGAUGAUUGCCUCAAGAAGACUACUGAACAUGGCAGGAAUACAUUUCAAGCAGUUCAAGCCAAAAAGGACUGAGAUAGUUGUGGAUUUUAAUUCCAUAAACCACUCGACAGCGCUGGACAAUUUGACAAAGUGA